AACUAAUAGAAGAUUUUGAGUUAGUUGAUCUUACUUUACAAAAAUCACAAAAAUUAGAGGAUACUGAUAUUGUAAUAGAAAUUCAGUCUCUAAUUAUUCAGUUUCCUGUAACUAACCCAAUACAAGCAGAAAAUUUUAUUGAGAUUAAUAAUAGUGUUAAAACAGAUAUAAUACCUAGUGAUAAUAAAAUAAUUACUGCUAUACUUGAUUGUGACUAA